AUGGGUUAUGGCAUCCUUCAAUGCUUGGAUCAUUUGCUCGUUAUCUACACAUUUCUGCCAAUCCGAUGCGCUCUGACUGCUUUAAAAUUGAUCUUCUACUGUGCAAGAAAAUUGCUUCUUUUUCCUGUUCAAUCUUUUCCCGGUACCCCUCUUCCCUCAGGUUAUCCCGAAGAUCGCCUGAUCUACAGUCACGAGAUUCGUGAUUGGAUCCGUUUUUCCCUACUCCUCAUAUGUACGGUCACUUUGGUCAAGAUUGACACGUCUGUCGUGUACCACGAGAUCCGAACCCAAUCGGUCGUGAAAAUCUACAUUUUUUUCAAUUUACUUGAGGUGGCAGAUCGGCUACUGUCCGCGGUAUGUCAGGAUGCACUGGACGAUCUACUGCACACGGCCAGUCGGCUUCGCCAGAUGUCUAUGUGUUCCUCUACCAUUAAAAUGGUAUCCGAUCCCACUAGUCAGAUGACCGAAGGUGCAGUGGUGCUUUUGCGUGACUUGAUUCUGCAGUAUUGUUUCGCUCUGAUCUGCUUGUUUGCACACUGUUUCCUUCUGCUCUGUCAAGUGACCACUCUAAAUGUGGCUUUCAAUUCACAAAAUAAAUCUCUCGUCACCGUCUUCAUAUCGAAUAACUUCGUUGAAUUGAAGAGUAAUGUGUUUCGGAAAAUGGGAAAAACAAACUUGUUCCAAAUUGCCUGCGCCGAUGUCCGCGAGCGCUUUCACUACACGAUCUGGUUGUUCAUAGUUGUCUGUCGCAACAUGACCGAUACCGGCUGGAAUUUUGACGAUCUGUGGGAAAUGCUAUUCGACGUCUGUUGCAUUCUGCUGGCCGAAGUUGCCGUGGACUGGGUGAAACAUUCGUUUAUCACCAAGUUCAAUGUGAUUCCCUCGAAUGUUUAUAAAGAGUACACAGUGAGCAUCGCCUAUGAUCUGCUUCUUUGUCGGCAAGGCAGAAACAAGGCAGACUACUUUGAUCUAUUGUCCCGUCGAAUGGGUCUCACUCCGAUUCCCCUGAGCUGUCUAAUCAACGUCAUGCUACUUCAGACGGUUCGCAAUCCGAGUUACCUUCUCUUUACGCUUCCGUUCGCCUUGCUUAUACUGUUCCCGAUUAAAAUCCUGGCCAACAUGACUUUAUUAUCGUUAGCUUAUUCCCGAGUCAAAGCCUACAUCAAAGCAGAGAGUGCAGCCCAAGUGAACGAAUUAAUUAGUAAAUCGGAAGAGCCCAAAGAACCUACUGGAGCCAUGCCGGAUACUGAAGUUGGCAGAACAAAACAAGAUGUGGCCACAGAGGAGAUCUAUUCGGACCAGCCAAUACAAUCCAAACCGGCAAUGGAAUCGGUGAUACACUCGACACCGAUGCGUAUGCUCGGUUUCGAUCAACCUACUCGUGAUGACGAACAAUUCGUACCAAUGGUUCUUAGACAUCGUCGUGUUCGUAGCGAUUCCGAGUUCGUGAGCUCUCCGACUCCUGUACCGCCCGUGGACGACACAUCUGGCACUGUCCAAAGCAGUGCGAAGCAGCCUGCUGAACGUCCAACUUCACCGAUUCCCCUUUCUGUCUUCGAGUUUUCUUCAUUGAAAUCUUCCGGUGAUUUUCAGAGCCCUCCAUCUACGUUAGAUCCCCGGGAUGAAGUAAAUCAAAAUACCGUGGAACACGCCCAGUUGGAUGACGUAGGCACAAGUUCAAUACACUCGGGCUUAAACGAAUCGGAAGUCUCAUUGUCCGAAUUCCUUCAGUUGUCUGACCUGAGCAAGGGUAAUUCAACAAUAGAAGACUGGCCAAAUGAAAGUCCCGCAUCGGACCGGAUGCGUCUGGUCAGCCUGAGCACGGACAGCAAACUCGGUUCGGACAAUGAGGAAACCCAUCUGCCCAGUGCGCCAAGUUCCAUAGCAUUCCGCUCCUCACAACCUAUAGCGCUUUCUUCUCCCGGACCCAAGGGACCUGCGAAACAUGUCUCACGCGAAGGUUUCCCUGUCGUAAAUACCGAAACGACUGUGGAAAAUCGAACAAAGAUAAUCGCUGCAAGUCAGACACAACUACUGACUCGAUGCUAUAGUAUUGACUUGGGUGUACUCAGUGGAUUCAGUCGAAGAUUCUCACCAUCUGAACACGAUCUCUGUUUACCAAAGAGUCGAGCCCUCGAUGCACCCUCGGACACAACACCUGCCGUCAAUGUCAACGAAAGUUCACAAACAGAGUCGUUCGUGCGUCGACGUCGAUAUCGCACACGGACAGAGAGUUCUGACCAGCAACACCCGCCACGAGCAUCUCAGAUGGACNCGAUUUGCCAGCUUUGUGGGAACGAAGUAGUCGAAACAGUGUGGCUCAGCCGUUUAAUAUGGGUCGGUUGA